UGUCACCAUUUAUAGCAAAAUAGUCAAGCGAAACUUGAAAAAACUUUGCUGAGAUAUGUAUACUUUCAGGAGAUUUUUUUGCAUUUUGCCAAGUAUCUUGGUUAUCGUUUUUAUUGGUUACAUUCAGGGUCAGGGGAGUCCGCUUUGUAAAGUGAAUUCAGAGUACAAGUGCAACGGUACAGAAUUUCAGUGUCCUGAUACCAAACCUGAAAAACCAGAAGGGUGUAAAUGUUAUUGUUUGCCUGGCUAUUGGAGAGACAACUGUGGAAACUGCGUGAAAGAAUGUCCAUGUCCACCAGGAAAAGUGUGGAGGCAAAGUAAUUCUUGCGUGGAUCAAUGCAAACACGACAUUUGUCCCUGGUACGUAACUUGGGGUUGUUUUUGCCCCGUAUGUCAGUGCUGGAAUGGAACAACAUGCAUUCGAAACAAUAACACUACUUGUUACUCAUAAGUACUCUCGAGAGUACUCAUAUUUUAUUACAUACACGUACUAAUACAUUUUCAUUGUUGACCUGACAUUAAAAAAAAUUAACAGCUGAUAGAGAGUGAACCCGAGCUGCAUUGUUAUUUCUAGACCUUGACGUUGUUUUUAUUCUAUAACAUGGUACGAGUACAGUAAGAUCGAAAAGAAAAAAAAGACGUUAUAGAAUUUUAUUGGAAAUUAAUAUCGCUGUC